AUGCCAUUGCAAUUUUGGUAUCUACUACAGGAACCCUUAUUUGACCCAGAUAUCAUUCCAGUUAAUAAUGCUGAUAAUGAUACUGUCAGCGGGGAGGACGCGGUUACAUCAAAUUUACAUAUUACACAGGAUGAAGCUCGAAAAAUACAUGAAACGUCCUUAAUUGUGUUUCGAAGAUUAAUUGAGAUUUUAAGAAGCAAAAUCCAAUAUCCACCAGACACAGAGUGGUCCGAAUGGACUAAAGAUGUAAAAGAACAGUUUAAAAUAUAUAGAAGAGACGUCGGAGACACGGUUAUGAAUUCAUAUUAUAUAUUGCGGGAUCAAAUGUUAGCAUUCUUUGUAGAUCUCGCAAUUACGCAAUUGAAUUCACCGGGAAGAAAUCCAAGUCAGUGGCAGGAUCUAGAAUCAACGUUAUUUUGCAUCAAGUCUAUAGCUGAAGCCGUAGACAAUAAUGAAAAUGUAUACUUGCCACGUUUAUUCGGCGCAGAAGUAUAUGGAAUGCUGCCUUUGCAGGGGCAUAUGCGACUAAGGAACACAGCUCUCUCUCUUAUCGGUUCUUAUGCUGAUUGGUUUAAAUCUCAUCCCCAAUACAUAUUAUCGGCUCUUAAUUACCUUAUACCUGCACUAAGCGACGCAGAGUUGGCUUUUUCAGCUGCCAUGUCAUUCAAAGAAGUGUGCGACGCAUGCCGUGAUUCAUUAGUCGGUGACAUAGAUAAUCUUGUUAACAUGUAUAUGGUUGUUGGCCCACAUAUUCAA